GAGCUCAAGUCUCUCAUGGCGACACAAUGAAUCCAGGGGGUUGUAGGGGACUGAAGGGGAAACUCCAACACUGGGACGUGAACAACGAGAAUCUUCAUGGCGACUUCUACGAACAGAAACUCAAAGACCCCAACAUCACCAUGUGGAUGUUCAGAGAGACACAUAAAGCAGACCCAGCUGUUAAACUCUUCCUCAACGACUACAACAUCGUCAACAGCCAUUAUGACACAUUCGCAUAUCUGGAUCAGGCCACGACGUUUCGGAAGUCCGAGUACCUGUUGGUGGUGUUGGGAUACAGAGUCACAUGAGGCCCCCAGUCGACAUCGCUGCCGUCAAGUUCCGUCUGGACCAAGUUGCCAAAGCAGGCCUACCCAUCAUGAUCACAGAGCUGGAUGUGGACACAGCGGACGAGCAGGAGAAGGCACGCAUCUACGAGGAUCUCUACCGUCUGUACUACAGUCAUCCCGCCGUCGAAGGAGUCGUGCAGUGGCAUUUCUGGAGCGGAAGGACCUGGAGGCCACAGGCAGUGCUGGCGGACGGACCAAAUAUCACUCCGAACGCUGCGGGCAAGAUAGUUCGCCAGCUGGUGUGGGGUGACUGGAGGACCAACCAGACCCUCCCGAUAUCACGUGACCAAGACAUUAACGCACGGGCCUUCAAGGGAGUGUACAAGCUGAGAGUGAAGCAUCAUGGGACGGUUAUCCGGGAGGAGGACUUCACUCUGGGACAGGCGGGGGUGGACCUCACUGUGUCUCUCAGCGGAACAGGAACACAACCCCAGGUGUCCCAGGUUAUAAUCGGGUGAACACCGACACGGGUGUCCUUUUAUCAUCACACGCUCUACUGACUCGAAUUCCCUGAAUAAAUACAUCUACAGAA